CAUCGAUAAUUCAAAAUCAUUUGCCUAACUUUGCGGCGAUAACGUACGGUGCGCUAUUGGAAAAAUAAAUACAAUUAAUUCGCGACUAAUGCGUGGCUAACUGAUGAUAAAAGUGCGAUGAGCGGAUACUUUUGGCAAUUGGUUGGCAUAAGCACAGCACUAAAAGUGCUAUUGCUGCCAGCGCAUUAUUCGACCGACUUUGAGGUACAUCGCAAUUGGUUGGCAAUAACACACAGUUUGCCACUGGAUCGCUGGUAUGUGGAUGCCACAAGCGAAUGGACACUUGACUAUCCACCAUUCUUUGCCUACUUCGAGUGGCUGCUCUCCCAGCUGGCCAAAUAUGUCGAUCCCGCGAUGCUUGUGGUGCAGAAUUUGAAAUAUGCCUCGGCGGAAACUGUUUAUUUUCAAAAGAUCUCGGUGAUUGUGAUGGAUAUGAUCUAUGUGCUAGGCGUACGCUCCGCGCUCGCUGCCCUGGGCGUGGUAAAGUCCACACAACAACAUAUUGCCGGCUGCAUGUUGCUGCUGCUCAAUGUGGGAUUAAUCUUUGUGGAUCACAUACACUUCCAGUACAAUGGAUUCCUCUUUGGCCUGCUGCUGUUGAGCGUGAGUGCGCUGCUCAGGCAGCGCUUUCUGUGGUGCGCCUUCAGCUUUGCAGUCCUACUCAACUUUAAGCACAUCUUCCUAUAUAUGGCGCCCGCUUUUGCUGUCUAUCUGCUCAAGUUCUAUUGCCUGGGCAAGCAGAGCCAGCAAUUUGUGCUUUCCAUUGCCAAACUUUUGGCUGUGGGUCUAACGCCAUUCGUGCUUUCGUUUGGUCCCUUUUGGCGUCAGCUCCCACAGCUAAUCUUGCGUCUGUUUCCCUUCAAGCGAGGCCUAACUCACGCAUACUGGGCUCCAAACAUUUGGGCGCUCUACAAUACAGCUGAUAAGUUGGCUGUGGUCGCGUUAAAACGCACUCCACCCAACGCGAUGUCGUCGACGAGCUCGGGACUGGUGCAGGAGGUGAAACACAUUGUACUGCCCAACAUCACGCCGGGCACAACGUUUGUGCUCACGCUACUCUUCAUGUUGCCCAUUCUGCUGAAGCUCUUUCUCAGUAAGACAAAAGAACAAGCCAGGCUGGUGUUUCUACGUGCUGUGGUGUUGUGCGCCUGCUCCUCGUUCAUGUUUGGUUGGCAUGUGCACGAGAAGGCAAUCCUAAUGUGCCUUAUACCAAUGUGUCUUCUUGCUGUCGUCGAUCGACGUGAUGCCAAGUACGCCUUCAUUCUAUCUGUCGCCGGCUAUUUCUCGCUGUUGCCGCUGCUCUUUGAGGUGGAUCUUCUGGUGCCACGCUAUGCUCUCUACUUGGCCUACAUGGCCAUGUUCUAUGGCCAGCUGGAGCGUAUCUAUAAGGCCACCAAGCUGGGGCUCCACCUACUCGAGUGCAUCUAUUUCCUGGGCUUCCUCACCAUUCCACUGUACGAGCACUUGUUUAGUCGCUUGUUUGGCGUCCAUCAGCAAUUGCCGUUUAUGCCGCUGCUGCUCACCUCAUUGUAUUCAUCGCUGGGCGUGUUGUAUUUCUUUGUGCGUUACUACAUCUAUGCUUUGGACAUUGCGUGGCCAAGUUGGCCGAGUUUGACCAAACGCCGUGCGCCGCAAGUGAAAUUCUCGGCAGCGAAACGCAAACGUAAAACCAAAUAAAUCUUUUACACUUUGUAUAU